AUGGCUGCGGACCGUGACACGCCUGGUCACGUGGGACGCGCGCCGCACCGCCCCCGCCCCCCCCCCCCCCCGGUGCCCCCGGCCGUCCCCCUCUCCCCCCCCCCCCCCCCCCCGCACCAGCCGCGCGCGCCCCCGGUGCCCCCGAGCGCUGUGACUCGGUCCGGUGCGUCCCGCUGGCUCUUAAAGGCGCAGCACCCCGCGCGCACACCGGGCCGCCGCGGCCGCCCGGCACCGCGGAAAACAAAGAGGCACCGGAAACAGCGGCGGCGGGGAGGGGGCCGGCCCGGCGGGAGGCGGGCGGGAGGGAGGGAGGGGAGGGCCGGCGGCGGGCCGGCGGGGGGGCAGGCCCGGGCCCGGCGUCGGCGAACAAAGAGCGGCGGGAGGGAGGGGGUGGGGCGCCGCAGCGGCACCGGAGCGGUGGCCCAGGCCAUCGGUGCAGAAUUCAAAGUGCUGUUGUCUUGCCCUGCCUGGAGCCUGAGGUCCCGUGUGCCCAUCCGCCUCCCGACGUCACCAAUGCGACCAUGGGAACUGGCAGUGAAUAGGCGGCCACCCUCUGCCCCUUUUGCCCAGCGCCGUUUCUUGGGGAGACCCUGCAGCAGCCCCGACCACCUCCGGCGAAGCCCCUCUGCCAGGCGUCAGUGGGGACGACGCGACCGACCUCUGGCAACCCUGCUGGGCCAGGAUGAGCCCCAGGUGCACCCUGCCUUCCCCCAGCAGCCGCACAUCCCUGUAGAUGAGCCCCGUGCCUACGCUCUUCCCAGCACGCCGCCACGAAUGCUUCACCCAGCCGCUCACCCGCCCCACCAGAACCCAUUCAUGGUGGAUCUGCAUGACCAGGUGCACCAGGGACCUGUCCCUCUCUCCUACACGGUUACCACCGUAACGACGCAAGGCUUCCCCAUCCACGCUGGCCAGCACAUCCCUGGGUGCAGCACCCAGCAGCUCCCAGCAUGCUCAGUGAUGUUCAGUGGACAGCACUACCCGCUCUGCUGCCUCCCACCCCCGCUGAUUCAGGCAUGUGCCAUGCAACAACUUCCCGUCUCCUACCAGACAUUCCCCCCCAUCAUCUCCAGCGACCAUUACAUCCUGCACCCACCCCCGCCGCCAGUGCCCCCCCACCAGCCACCCCACAUGGCCCCCCUGGGGCAGUUCGUACCUCUCCAAGCCCAACAUCCACGUAUGCCUCUGCAGAGGAUAGACAAUGACGUGGACCUGCGAGGGGAGCAGCACCCCAUUGCAGGCUUCACAUACCCUCCGUCUCACCACGCUCCCACUCUGUCGCCCUCAAUGCCGCUGCAUUACCUCCCCCAUGACCCGCUGCACCAAGAACUGCCAUUUGGCGUGCCAUACCCCCACAUGAUGCCCCGGCGGCUGAACACCCAGCGGUACCGGCUGCAGCAGGCGCUGCCCCCACCGCCACCCCCUCCGCCUCCUCCUCCGUACUAUCCGAGCUUCCUGCCCUAUUUCCUUUCUAUGCUUCCUGUGUCGCCAACAGCCGUGGGGCCCACGAUCAGCUUAGACCUGGACGUGGAUGAUGUGGAGAUGGAGAAUUAUGAGGCACUGCUGAACUUGGCUGAGCGGCUGGGGGAGGCCAAGCCACGGGGACUCACCAAAGCAGACAUCGAGCACCUCCCGUCCUACCGCUUCAACCCCGAGAGCCACCAGUCCGAGCAGACCCUGUGCGUCGUGUGCUUCAGUGACUUUGAGGUCCGGCAGCUUCUCCGCGUCCUGCCCUGCAACCACGAGUUCCACGCCAAGUGUGUCGACAAAUGGUUAAAGGCAAACCGCACGUGCCCGAUCUGCCGGGCGGACGCGUCGGAGGUGCAGCGGGAGGCGGACUGAGGCUGGCGGGCGCUGUGCCGCACAAUUCGCUAGAGGACAAGGACGCCGGGCUGGGGCGGGGGCCGCUGCCCGCUGCUGGGGCCUGACCCUGCGCUUACCCCCCCUCCCCAAAGCCUCUCCUCGGAUGUGGUGAGCAUUGAGCAGUCCGGGCUCCCGGCCAGCCCUCCUCCUCCCCGCCGGGGCACACGGACUCAGCCGGACGCCUGCCCGCUGCGCUCCCAGGGCCCCGAAUCGUGUUGUGCUGGAGGUGGGAGGUGUGUGGCCGUGCCCUCUGCGCUCCAAAGACGCUGUUGUUGCUCCAUCACUUUCCAGGUCUUUGUACUCUGCUAGGGAAUUAGUGUUUUUUCCCUUUGUCACUAUUUUUUUUUUACGGUAGUUUUUUUCCCCCUUGUUUCCUUUUAAUUUCCGUCACGUUUUCGGUUCCUUGGCCGUUUGCCCUAGGGGCACGCAGGCGCCUCCUCCCCUCGGAGGGGAGGAGAGAGGAGAGAGAGCUGCGGGUUUGAUGCAGGCGGCACCCCAGCCCCGGGAACAGCAGGAGGUGGCUGGCGGAGUGCGGCUAAGGUGGGAUACCAGCAACCCCGUGGCGUGGCUGGGGCAGAAAGGCAGGAACACAGGAAUGCCUCUGUCCCCACUCCUGUGCGCAGCGUGGCACGGCCUCUCUCCUGCCUCAGCUGCCCUGGGGAGCCCCAGAGGGCUAUGGCUGCUUGGAGUCUUUCGCCAGUGGGAGGAUGGUGCUGGUACAGCCCUGGCCCCUCUCCCUGUUCAUUCCCCUGUGCCUGGCCAGCGCAGCUCCCGGCGCCAGGCCGCGUGGCAUCCUGCAAGGCAGCCGAGCUUGAGGCGGGGACACUAACCCCGUCCCUAGGGCUUUGGGCAUGUGGUGUCCCCGGGGUGCUGCCCGGCCCCCGGCUCCUGCUCGUUUCUCUGUCCCGACGACGUAAAUCAAGGUAGCCCCGUGCCCCGUCCUGCUGGCUGGACGGCGCGGUUUCCCGGCCGGUGGGCAGCGGCCCCCAGAGCGGGGCGGGGGGGUUUAUUCAUAACCUCGUGGAGUAUUUUCAGUGCUACCCUGGCCUUGGCCCGGCUGGUGCGGGGGAGGCUGUGAGCGGUCCCCUUGCCACCGUAUUCCCCCCCUGCCCAUGUAGGGGCCAGGGGAGAAGCCGCCACGCCGCCGCCCGGCUCCAUCAAUCCCGCGUGGCCGUUGUUUUGCAUGAUUAAUUAGCGAGGAGGGUGACGGGAGGCGGUGGCAGGGGUGGUGGUGAGAGCACCGCCCUCCCCUCCUGGCGCGUCGCUGACGCCUGGGAGCUUCCGAGCGGACGCCAGCCCUAUGUAAAUGUUCACAAAUAUGCAUGCAUGUCUGACCAG